AUGGAUGUCUAUAUGGGUGAAACUACCGUCGACUCCAAUAUCAUUAUCUGGCCUCAGAAAGAGACUACCGCUUAUGACAAUGACAAUCAGCUUUGGCGCUCCGAAGAUGGUUUCUUGAUCAACAAGAAGUCUAAUUUAGUUAUGGAUAUCCGUGGUGGUGACCUUCAGUCUGAUAAAGCUAUUGUCCAGUAUGACCGUAAAAUGACCAUGGCCCAUAACCAAAGAUUCGGAUACCGCGAUGGUUAUAUUUACUGCUUAGCUGAUCCCCGUCUUGUUUUGGAUAUUAGAGGUGGUGGAAGCAAGGAAGGUACCAAGAUUAUCUUGUACAAGCGUAAGGAUGCUGAUAAUGAUAACCAACAAUGGGAACUUAUUCCUGUUCCCGGUCAAAAUCAACAACAUGGUCAACCCGACCAACAAAGCCAACAUAGCCACGGUAAUGUACCUUAUUACCCACAACCUGACCACCAGCAACAACAACAACAACAUCACCAACAUCAACAACAUGGUAAUGUUCCCUACUAUCCUCCACCUGCCGGUAUGGGUGGUUAUGGUCCUCCCGAUGAUCAAAACCCUACUUACGGUCGUCGCGAUUAA